GAUUUUUUUUAACGCGGAGCUCCAUAAUCCACGUUUUCCCCAUAAACCACUCGGCGUUAUAACUGGGUAUUUUAUAUCGUUUGAGGAUUGUUUUUGUAAUAAUACAAUUACAAUGGACUGCCAGUGAAGAGUCUGAUGAUUAAUGAAGACCCGUCACUUCAUUUCCCCCCGUGGAAUACAGCGUUGCCAAGUCUCGCGAAAAAUCAAAGCUUUAAACUCGAGAGCGUCACAAUGAACUGGAGCAACCGUCAUUUUUUCACUUUCCUUUUUUUGAAUGGAAAAGCUGUUACAUCAGUGACCGUGAGGGGGACCUACACUAGUAGCAAGAAAUGGUAAGCUCUAAGAACGGCCGAAAACUGGUUAUAUCUACGGCGAGGGUGGAGUUAGAAGGGUGUGAUACAAAAAAGCCCAAAUCCAGGUGCCGAACCGGGUUCAAGAACGGACGUCUGUCGAGCUGAUGCCGGGAUUGGUUGGAGCCGCUAGGUCAGAAGGGUCGAUAUGAGUCAAGCCAGGACCAUUCCGCUCAUAAUCUCCUCGCCGUGUGUGCCUAGCAUCUAGACGCGAGUUCACCCUGGUGGGUGAAUGUGCAGCUCCUCUUGUACCGAUGGCGGGUUCCGCGCAAACCGUUAUUCACGGGACUUGGUUCGCCACCAGCGUUACCGGCUACAGGGACGACACAUCGGCGGGAAUGUCAGAGGAAAAGGCGAAGAAGAAAGCUUUUUACCUGGUCAGGGUGAAAUCGCUCAACAGCAAUAAGCAGCCGGCAAGCAACAGCAACAUGCCCUUCAUGAUCCACUGCCACAUAGGCAAAGAGAUCAAGCACAUUUGCAGCAACUGCAGCCGCGGCAACGAGGCGCAGGACGCUGAGGAAGUUGAAAGGCUGGCUGCCAUGCGCUCAGAGUCCCUCGUGCCCGGGACCCACACCCCGCCCAUCCGGAGGCGGAGCAAGUUCGCCACGCUGGGGCGCCUCUUCAAGCCCUGGAAGUGGAGGAAGAAGAAGAGCGAGAAGUUCAAGCAGACGUCUGCGGCGCUGGAGCGGAAGAUCUCCAUGAGGCAGAGCCGGGAGGAGCUGAUCAAGAGGGGCGUGCUGAAGGAGAUCUUCGAGAAAGACGGGACGGUCCCGGUAACAAAAGAAGACGGGAAGUUAGAAAACGGGCGGGCGCCGGCGUCCCCCUCCGGCACUCUAGAGUGCGAGGAUGCGGAGCGAGCCUAUCGGGUCCUCCUCCCGCCGCCCGGCCCACAGCUCACGGACGGGACGGGGACCGGGACAGCGACCGUGGAGUUCCAGAGCUCCGUGGAGGCCGGGGUCUGUUCGCAGGACCACUCCAUGAAGCCCUCCUUGGUCCUGCCUCCCAAAAAACCCACGGCGUUCCCCGGAGACGGCCAGGACACGCCCACCAAGCAGGCCCCCUUCCACAAGCAGCCCCCCGCGCUGCCCCCAAAACCCUUCUCCCGGAUCCCCAAUCACAUCACAGACUCAGGACAGCCCAUCAAACUGGCCUGCAUGCCGGGGAAGCUGUCCCCUCCUCUACCUCCCAAAAAGGUGAUGAUCUGUGUGCCUCCGGGGGGCCUGGAGUCCUCCCUCGCCUCCUUCUCCCAGAAGUGCUCCCCGCAGCCCCUGGGCCCCCUGCACGGGAGCCUGCUGCCCUCGCACGGGCACCCGCACCAGCUGCAGUACGGCAGCCUGCCCAUGCCUAUUCACCCGCCCAGCCGCGUCAUCGAGGAGCUCAACAAGACGCUGGCACUGACCAUGCAGAGGCUGGAGAGCUCGGUGCUGCACGCCGUCCCCACCGUGGUCAUCGAGUGCGACGACGACAAGGAGAACAUGCCCGACGAGGCGGACUACGAGGACCUGCCCAGCAUGUACAAGGACGAGGAGGACGAGGAGGAGGAAGACGACGACGAGGACGACGAAGAGGACGACGACGACACGCUGUUCACCAGCACGCUGGCGCUCAAGGUGCUGAGGAAGGACUCUCUGGCCAUCAAGCUGAGCAACCGGCCCAGCCAGCGCGAGCUGGAGGAGAAGAACAUCAUCCCCAUGCAGACCGACCAGGAGCGGCUGGAGUCACGGCAACAGAUCGGCACCAAGCUCACGCGGUUCCAGCUGAGCCAGAGGCCCACGGUGGAGGAGCUGAGGGAGGCCAAGAUCCUGAUCCGCUUCAGCGACUACGUGGAGGUGGCCGACGCCCAGGACUACGACCGGCGGGCCGACAAGCCCUGGACACGGCUCACGGCGGCCGACAAGGCCGCCAUACGCAAGGAGCUGAACGAGUUCAAGAGCACGGAGAUGGAGGUGCACGAGUCCAGCCGCCACCUGACCAGGUUUCACAGACCAUAGAACUCUAAGAAGAAUUACGGAAUGGGCUUCCCCCCAAAAAACACACACACACACACACACACGCACAUGUAUGCACGCGCGCUCAUAUGCGCACACACAUGCACAUACACACACUCUCACACUAACACAUACACACACACACACGCACACACAUGCAGAACCUUAAGUGCUGAACUGUGAAAGGUGUUCAUGUCUACAAUAAGUCCACUCGUGUUGAAUUGCCUUCUGAACUGAGUCAGAACUCACCAGAACUGAGCCAGACCCGCGCAGCUGAUCAGCGCAUCAGUAACGGAUCCUGUACUCCCAAAACGAGCCAGGAGGGGGCGGGACGGGGGUGGGGGCUGCUGACGAACUGCGCUUUUACAAACACCCCCCCCAUCCACCCCCUCCACUGUCCAUCGCCACGCAUCGUCCCUCUACUGCCGCAGCGAGAGGACGCCAGCCAUCUUCCUCCUCUCGGGUCAUCCUCCUCCUCCUCCUCCUCCUCCACACCUCGCUCCGCCCCUCUCAGCAGGGUCGAGCCCCGUGGUGGGGGGGGGGGGGGCGGCUGGACCUGUUUCGGGAUGUCGAUCCACCCCACCCCGGACACGUGGCAGUGCGGCCAGGCGACGGCUCCAACAGCUCGGGACACCAGUGCAAUAUUUCCUCUCUGCCGGGGGAAACAACAGCGCCCCCUGUGGACCUCUCUGUAACUGCGGCUAUAAUCGCGGUUCCCGGCGGUGUUCGUACUCUGCUAACUGUGAGUCCGGCAGACCGCGCAGGAGGCUGUCCGGGAUGCUUCCGCGCGCGCGUCGACAUCGCUGAGCUGCAAAGACGUCCGUUUGACUAUGGCGGCUAACGCUAACGCUGUGAAAUGACUCUGGAAAAGGAGGGCGCCAAACAGCUAUAUAUAAAUACAUACAUAUAUAUAAAUAUAAAUAUAUAUGUUUACGUCGAAGGUAACGGUCAGUUUUAGGCAAGGAUUUCUACUUUUUAACAGACAUCCUUUUUAAACUGAUUAUUUUCUUUUCUUUUU